AUGAAAACAUUAAAUGACAUCCAAAAACUCAAUUAACAACAGAAAACCAUAUUCACUUUCACUAAUCAAAUCACUAAUAAUACAAAUUCUGCUUGGCUUCCUCGUGAUAUUUAAUCUCCAUUUUCAAAUGCUGUUACUUAAUUAUCACCUUAACUUUCUGAUCAUAAUAUUAUUCAUAAUACAAGAGGCAAUCUUAGAUCAUGGAGUUAAUCAAUUGAAAAAUAAAUUAUAUCUAGAGAUCUUGUAAAUAAAGCUAGAAUCUAAAAUGCUUAACAAUCUGCAAGAUAAGAAAAACAUUUUCUUGGAUCUGUCAACGGUAUUUAAAAAAUCAAUUCUCCUAAAUCAUAAGCCAAUUAAACUAUGUCAACUCAUAGUUCAAGUAGAAUUGAUCCUAAAGUUAAAAGAAAGCUUAGUCAAAUGAGUAAAGGAAAUUUUUUGCAUUUUUUAUUAAUUUAAAAAGUUGGACAUGUACUAUCAAAUAUUAUGUCUAGAAAGAUGAGAAACAAUUUUAUGACUAUCUCAAAAAAACUUAUAAUUUUGAAAUUCCUUAACCUUAGUAAGAACAAUCCACCAAAAUUAAUAAAAAAGAUAUUAAGUAUCUCUUCACAAUUGAUGAUGAUGAUGAAACUAUCAAGAAAACUACUUAAUAGAUAUUUAAAAUGAAUAAAUUUCGACAUUAAAAAGAAGUCCCAUUAGAUAAAUAUGUAUAGGAUACUUAUGAAUCAUAAUUAAGAAGAUUUCCUAAAGUUAGAUAAAAACUAGAAAAAUCAAAGCCAUAUAAUAUUGCAUUGUAAUGA